GUCAAAUCUCCCAUCAGUAGCGCAGAAGGCGUCCAGCGAUCACGUGUUCAUUUAACCAGGGUUAACGAAUAGGCCACAGCCGUCAGUUGAACAAUCACGUAUCACAUCUCAGUUGUCGUGGGAGUCAUCGUCUUGAGAUGUUCAUUGUUAGCGCUGUGUGCUUUCGAUAAUUGGAAUAACGAUUAUUCCAAUUGAAUCAUGGAUGGAAAGGAGGCCGUGGAGAAGAGACGGAAUCCGAGGGAGGGGGCUAAUCCAUUGAGCGCUCUUACCUUUGGAUGGAUGUUAAAAACAUUCUACGUGGGUUACAAACGAGACCUUGAGAUAGAUGACCUCACGGAACCACUGAAGGAGCACAAGAGUAGUUACCUGGGUGAUAAAAUAUCAGCGGCAUGGGAAGAAGAAUUGCACCGUUUCAAUCAACAACAGGAGAAAGCAAAACAAAAAGCAAGGAGACCAACUAAAAAGAAGCAAAUGCCGAGUUUAAAUCGUGUAUUGGUUAAAGUAUUUGGACUGAGAGUUGCACUCUACGGCGUUGCCUUGGCGAUUAUGGAAAUUGUCCUCAGGGUUCUCCAGCCACUGGCCCUGGGUAGGCUCCUCAGGUACUACUCCACCGACACCGUAACGAAAACAGAAGCCUACCUCUACGCCGGCGGCGUCAUUCUCUGCUCGGCAGUGAACAUAUUCGUGGUUCACCCCUACAUGAUGGCGAUCCUGCACAUGGGGAUGAAGAUGCGAGUGGCCUGUUGCUCCUUGAUCUAUAGGAAAUCCCUGAAACUUUCGAAAACAGCCUUGGGUGAAACAACUGUGGGACAAGCCGUCAAUCUUCUCUCCAACGACGUCAACAGAUUCGACGUGGCGAUAAUCUUCCUACACUACCUGUGGAUAGGACCCCUUGAAACUGCCAUAAUCACGUACUUCAUGUACCAAGAGUUCAACAUCUCAGCAGUGAUCGGUGUAGCAUCUUUCUUGAUGUUCAUUCCUCUCCAGGGCUGGCUUGGAAAAAAAUCGUCAGUGCUGCGAUUACGCACUGCUAUCAGAACCGAUGAACGUGUUCGUCUCACAAACGAAAUCAUCUCGGGAAUUCAAGCCAUAAAAAUGUACACGUGGGAACAUCCUUUCAGUGCCCUUAUUGAAAAUGCUAGGAAACGAGAGAUCGACGUCAUUCGAGCAACUUCAUAUAUCAGAGGGGUGGUCAUGUCCUUCAUCAUGUUCACAACGAGAUCAUCACUCUUCUUAACUAUUCUCUCGUACAUUCUCCUUAGCCCGGACAAUCACAUAAAUGCCGAGAAGGUUUUCAUGAUUACGGCGUACUACAAUAUUCUAAGGCAAACAAUGACAGUGUUUUUCCCCCAGGGAAUCACGCAAAUGGCUGAGGCUGCUGUUUCCAUACGACGUCUCCAGGAGUUUCUUAUGUAUGAUGAAGUAUCCACUCCCACGACUGACAGUGAUAAAAACAGUGGAGAAACUUACAACCAAGUUAAACAAGUUAACGGAGCUGCUGACACGAAAUUGAAUGGUGAAAAGUCGGGAUCGGUUGUUCUGCAAGAUGUGUCGGCAAAAUGGUCUGGAAGUGAACGCGAGGAUACACUGGUCAAUAUAAACAUGAAUGUCCAACCAGGAAGAUUGGUCGCUGUUGUUGGACAAGUUGGUGCCGGUAAAUCCUCCCUUCUGAAUGUCAUUCUGAAGGAGCUGAAGAUCUCCAAAGGUACGCUCGAUGUCCAUGGAAACAUUGCUUAUGCCAGUCAAGAGCCUUGGCUCUUCGCUGGAUCCGUCAGGACGAAUAUCCUCUUCGGUAGGAAGAUGGAGCCGAAGAGGUACGACCAAGUGGUUAAGGUGUGUCAGCUGAAGAGAGACUUUUCACUUCUUCCUUACGGUGACAAAACAAUUGUGGGUGAAAGAGGAAUUAGUUUGUCAGGGGGGCAAAGAGCCAGGAUCAACCUGGCUAGGGCUGUCUAUGCUGAGACUCCGAUCUAUCUCUUCGAUGAUCCCCUGAGUGCUGUCGACGCACACGUGGGUAAACACAUGUUCGAGGAGUGCAUCGAGAAAUAUUUACGAGGAAAGACGAGAAUAUUGGUGACUCAUCAGAUUCAAUUUCUGAGAAAUGUUGAGAAAAUCUACGUGAUGAAGGAUGGAAGAAUUGACGCUGAAGGGACUUAUGAUGAAUUAGCUGUUCGGGGAGUAGACUUUGGUAGAUUGUUGGAGCAUACAACGCCUCAGGCGGAGGACAGUGGAUCAGCAGCUGGAAGUAGAAAUACGUCCAGACGCACCAGCGUCACAUCGGUGUCGUCGAUAAUGACGAAUGACAACUCCAGGACUCAAGCAGAACCCGACGAAAUAGCUGAGAUGAGGACAAAGGGCAGCAUUGGUGGAAACAUCUACGGAUCUUAUUUCACAGCUGGGGGGAACUGGUGUAUAGCGAUGAUAAUAUUCAUUCUCUGCGCUGGAGCACAACUCGCUGCCAGUGGUGGAGACUAUUUCAUUGCUUUCUGGGUGAACCUCGAGGAGGAAGAUCAGAGUUACAGGACUAACAGUACCAUCAUUUUGACAAAGAAUGAAGCAGCUACGAACUCAACGGACUCGAGUGGUUACUCCAGAAUUUUCGAGAGGGACACAUGUGUCUACAUCUUCUCGGGACUGACUGUUACAACGAUAGUGAUCUCUUUGGUUCGAUCAUUUGCGUUCUUCGAGUACUGCAUGAAAGCCUCGCUGAAACUGCAUGAUAAAAUGUUCCGAAGUAUUAGCAGAGCUACGAUGAGAUUCUUCAAUACAAACACCUCGGGGAGGAUCUUGAAUCGUUUCUCUAAGGAUAUGGGGGCCAUCGACGAAUUACUGCCCAUGGCGUUGAUUGAUUGCAUCCAGAUUGGACUGAGUCUGCUGGGAAUUGUCGUCGUUGUUGGAGUGGCUAAUCCGUGGCUCAUGAUACCCACUGCGAUAAUCGGAAUUUUCUUCUACUAUCUGAGGAUUAUCUAUUUGUCCACCAGCCGAAGUGUCAAAAGACUCGAGGGAAUUACCCGAUCACCUGUAUUCAGUCAUCUCAAUGCAACGCUUCAGGGGUUGGCGACAAUCAGAGCAUUUGAAGCUGAGAGUGUUCUCGCGAAGGAGUUUGACCAGCAUCAAGAUCUUCACUCCUCUGCUUGGUACAUGUUUAUCGCUUCUUCCAGGGCUUUUGGAUUUUGGUUGGAUAUCUUUUGCCUGGUUUAUAUUGCCCUGGUGACGUUGAGCUUUUUGAUACUCCCUAAUAGUGCCGAUAACACCGAAGGGGGCAAUGUUGGCUUGGCCAUAACCCAGAGCAUCGGACUAACUGGAAUGUUCCAGUGGGGUAUGAGACAGAGUGCUGAGCUGGAGAAUCAAAUGACUUCGGUUGAAAGGGUCUUGGAGUACACAAAUUUGGAGAGUGAACCUGCCUUGGAGAGCAUUCCGGAUAAAAAGCCCAGGGAGAGUUGGCCAGAGGAAGGGACGAUUAAAUUUAAGAAUGUUUAUCUCUCUUAUGCACCUGAAGAACCUCCUGUACUUAAAAAUCUUAAUUUUCAAAUUAAAAAGAAGGAAAAAGUGGGAAUCGUGGGGAGAACUGGAGCAGGAAAAUCAUCGCUCAUUUCUGCAUUGUUCAGACUCGCGGAUAUUGACGGGGAGAUCAUCAUUGAUGGAGUAGAGACAUCAGAAAUUGGUCUUCAUGAUCUCAGAUCGAAGAUCAGCAUAAUUCCUCAGGAGCCGUUCCUAUUCUCAGGGUCUUUGAGACGAAAUCUUGAUCCUUUUGAGUUAUAUUCGGAUAAUCUGCUCUGGGCGGCUCUUGAGGAUGUUGAACUCAAGGAGAUGGGUCUGACUGCGCAUAUUAAUGAGGGUGGAAGCAAUCUGAGUGUUGGACAGAGACAACUCGUGUGUCUCGCCCGCGCCAUUGUUAAAAAUAACAGGAUUUUGGUGCUCGAUGAGGCAACUGCCAAUGUCGAUCCUAGGACUGAUGAGCUCAUUCAGAAAACUAUUAGGUCCAAAUUUGCUGAAUGUACUGUACUGACUAUUGCUCACCGGCUGAAUACUGUGAUGGAUAGUGAUAGAAUCCUAUUGAUGGAUGCUGGACAAGUUGUGGAAUUUGAUCAUCCUCAUAUACUUCUUCAAGACGAAACUGGUUAUUUAUCGAGUAUGGUAAAAGAGACUGGCAAAAUGAUGCAGAAUGUUUUGACAGCUGUUGCCAAACAGAAUUACGAACUUCGUCAUCCAGCCACAUCGCUCUAAAAGUGACAUAGAUACUUAAAACUCAACCGUUAUUCGACCGAGAGAGUGGUUAAGCCAUUUAACAAAAUAGUUGAUUACAUAAUUUUCGCUAUCUUUGAGCAUAAAUGCCUUAGAAAAAGCCUUAACAUGAUUGGAAGUGUUCGAUUGUCGUUUGAGACAUCAAUUAUCGUUAUCAAGGUAAAAGUUUCGUUUUAUCUUUUGCAAGUCCGCAAUACUUAGGAUACAUUAUUCCUCCUUGGGGUCGUUAUCGCCACUUGUCGAGUGAUGUUAACGCACACAGUCCAUGUAAUAGACUCUCCGAACUAAUAACGUUGCCUUAUAACGAGACGAUCAUGCAUACAUAGAAAACAAAAACACAGUAUUAUUUUAUUUAAUCUUUCGUUACAUAUGAGCUUAGCUGAUUACAGUGGAAUUAUUUUCGAUUUUUCUAUUAUGAUGGCUGAGAAUGAAAAAACAAGUUGAACAUCGACAUUAUUCCAAAACAUGUCAUGAUUAUUCUAGAGUCAAUUUGAUAUGAGUUUGAUAGCUCAGGGGAGAAAAGAGUUGAGUGUUUAUUCCACUUGAAUCUUGGCUUAUUGAAGGUACCCUAGAAUCGAAGGGAGCUGAGAGAAUUUUUUGAUAAGAUUUUUCACGUAUCAGUCGAAAAUUAAAAAUUCUCCCUUCAACUCCGAUAUCUGGACAUUAAUUGAAUUGACGCUUGUUGGUUUGCCACGACCAUUGACUUCUUGGUGCCUUUGAAGUUCUCCCAAUGAUCCAUGUUAACAUUGGUGUAACGACACGCAUGAAAAUAUUGAAAAGAAGACUUUGGCAAAUUAAUUAGAAUUUAAUGAGAAUUCAAGACAACGGAAUCUGAACAGAAUUUAUAAAGAACUUGAGCUGAAAUUUUUAGAAAAAUUCGCAUGAUAUCAUCCCUUCCAUCUUUGUUCAACAUUUCUGAGAUACGAACUGACCCACUUAUCUUCUUAUCUCAUAUGAUGGAAGAAUUUGAGAUAUUCAUUUGUCAAAAUGUACUUAAAAAACGUAAAGAUCAGAUGGUAUGAUUUGACGGAAACCUCUCCCUUCGGUUGCUCCGUCGUCUAUUUCAAAUAAUCUGUUAAUACACAGCGGUGUUGAUAGAUGACAUUAUUAUCUACUUAGUGAAGUACUCACAAUACCAUUCGCUUGUUAUUGUGACGUCUCUGAGAAUGCACUAGCGAAUAAUCAGAAGACUAUGAUCGUCAGGGGCCAAUAUUUGUAAAAAUCGUGUAUUAAACAUUUCGAGGAUUCAGUUGUUCCCACAGGAUUUAUUUCAUUAUGAAAGGUCUCUACCGAAAAUUUUGUGGGGAAUUCGUAAAUCCUUGACAAGACCAGAGUGUUCCUGUGGGAAUGAUUUGUGUAAAUUUGUUAGUCAGAAGGAAUUUUUUUCAUUAGUUGAACUAUCGUUACUUACAUUACAUGUACAUAAAAAUUUAAUGGAUAUAUCGUCCAAAGUAUUUUAUAGAGAUUUUAUGAAAGUGAAAUGAUGCAUAUGUAGAGAGAUAUUUUUCUACUCUUAAUAUUUACUCCAGUUUGUUAUUCUUAAAAAUAUCAUGUCCGUCGUGCUGCCAUUUAAAUUGUCAAUAAUCAGAGUUAAUAAGCGCCCUGGUGCUAUUUUGUAAUAAGAAUGUCGUAGAAAAUUAAUUUUAAACAUGCAAGUUAACGCGAUACAGAAUUAAAUCAAAUAUUCUUAAAAUCAUUUAUUUUACUUUGAUUUAUAUUUCGUACCCAUGAUAAUCGCCAAAGUUCAUAGAUAUAUUGUGUACUACCAUGUUCAUGUCAAUAGUUUUUAUGCUAAUUUAUAAUGUCGUUUUCAAUCAGUGUAAUAAUUAUCAUUAUCUUCAGGGCCUCGGCAGGAUCUAAAAUAUACAUUUUCUUCCCUCCGGGGUGAAAACGAGUCUAUUUUUCACGAGGAACAUUGAUUCUUCUUUUUUAGGGUAGAAAAUAAAAUACUUUAAUUGAA